AUGAGUAACAGAAUUCAGAAAUCCAGUCAAAAAGCCAGCGGCUUGACUUGUAUCUGCGCUUCAUGCGGAAAGCAUCUACGUGACAAGCGCUCUCUGGGUCUUCAUAAAUUGGCUAAACAUUCAAGCCAAUACUAUCCAUGUCCAAAGUGUGAUGAGAAAUUCUCCCAGAAAACUGAUCUCAACAAACACGUCGAGCAGAUUCAUGGAGAGAUCAAAAACAAGUGUGAAGAGUGUAACCGCACAUACGCCAGUGUGCACACUUACAAUCUCCAUGUCAAGAAUUACCAUGGAACCUUUCCAUGUUCUCAUCUUGGUUGUAAUCGCAAGCUAAGUACUCUAGAAAGCCUGAACUGCCACAUAGAUACUCACCUUCGCGAAUUCCCAUGCAAAAUCUGCGAAAAACCUUUCGCGGCCAAACCUGGUCUUGUUAUACACAUGGAAACUAUUCACGCGGAAAACAGCUGUGUAUGCUCUGUUGAAGGCUGUGAUGCCAGAUUUACCCAUCCCGCUACUUUGAGAGCUCAUGUUUUGCACGUCCAUGAGGUCAAAAAUCAACCGGAGACCGUUUGCAAGCUAUGUGGCCAUGACUUCAGAGGCAAAAAGAGGGAUCUAAGAAAGCACAUGGAAACUACUCACUGGCUGGAUUCAUUCAAAGAAAAGUUUGGAAAGCCGCAGAAAGAUAGAGAAGAUGAAGAUGUCCCUGAAAAUCAUCUUGCCCCAAUGAGACUUGCCAUAACACGCGCCACCUAA